CGCCGCCGCCGCCACCGGUGGGUCUGACCGCCGCCUGCUCCGCGGAGCGAGCUCGUUCUUCACAGGCCGCGGGGCCCCGCUGACAUGUCAAGCAUGAAUCCCGAAUAUGACUAUUUAUUCAAGCUGCUUCUGAUUGGAGACUCUGGUGUUGGAAAAUCUUGCCUUCUGCUUAGGUUUGCAGAUGAUACGUACACAGAAAGCUACAUCAGCACAAUUGGCGUGGACUUUAAAAUCAGAACUAUAGAGUUAGAUGGGAAAACAAUCAAACUUCAGAUAUGGGAUACAGCAGGCCAAGAGAGAUUUCGAACCAUCACUUCUAGCUACUACAGAGGAGCUCAUGGCAUCAUAGUUGUGUAUGAUGUUACAGAUCAGGAGUCUUUCAAUAAUGUAAAACAGUGGCUUCAAGAAAUAGAUCGUUAUGCCAGUGAAAAUGUUAACAAGUUGUUGGUAGGGAACAAGUGUGAUCUGACCACAAAGAAAGUAGUAGACUAUACAACAGCAAAGGAAUUUGCAGAUUCCCUUGGGAUUCCUUUUUUGGAAACCAGUGCAAAGAAUGCAACAAAUGUAGAACAGUCUUUCAUGACCAUGGCUGCUGAGAUCAAAAAACGGAUGGGUCCUGGAGCUACAGCAGGUGGUGCAGAGAAGUCCAAUGUUAAAAUUCAGAGCACUCCCGUCAAGCAGUCUAGUGGAGGUUGCUGCUAAAACUCUCCUCCCCAUUUGCAUUGAAUCUGAAACCUGAACCCAACUGAAAAAAAAUGCCUGAAUUGUACUGUAUGUAGCUGCACUACAACAGAUUCUUAUCGUCUCCACAAAGGUCAGAGAUUGUAAAUGGUCAAUACUGACUUUUUUAUUCCCCCGAUUCAAUAAAGCUAACUUCAUUUUCAGAAAUAUGUUAAACCUUUUGUGUGCUGGUUUAUAAAAUGCGUGUAAUCCUUGUUGCUUUUUCUUAUACCAGAUCGUUUCCUGUGGUUGGCUAAACUUGGAAUAUAUUAUUUUGUUCUGAUCAUAUUGGCAUGUUUAGAUGUCAGGUUUAGUCUUCUGAAGAUGAAGUGUAGCCCUUUUUGUAUCCAACAGCACAAGUGUGUCUUGUCACUUUUCCAUGCAUAAUAAAGUUCAGUAAGACACAUGUCCUAUGUAAGAUCUGAUUUGCUAGUUCCUUGUAGAGUUGUAAAUGGAGAGAUUACAAUCUGUCUUUGAUCCAAAGAACUGCACUAAUUGGUUCUGUGCGCCCAAGGCAGGUUUGGACUCUACUUGUACCUCUCCCAGGCAAACCCUUUUUCUUUCUUUUUUUAACUGAGGCAUGUUUCAUUGGGGGUGGGGGGUGGCUGCCCCUGAAAGGAAAGUUGCAGAUUUCCAUUGGCAAUGCCUUAGACCUUGGGCAAUCCUAAAGUAGCUCUUUGGAUCCUAGAUGCUGAUUUUUUUCUUAACACUCUGCAUAUAAUUUGUGGCUGCAGAACAUUGUAAUUUGUUGCACAAUAUGUAACAAACUGAAGAAAUGUUUAAUAAAUAUUGUACUUAUUGGAAGUAAUAUCAAACUGUAUGGUGAUUAAGUAUUGUCUUAAUUCUUAUGGCAAAGCGGAAAGGCUUGCAUUGUGCCCCAAAUGUACCUUUUUAUGUGCAGUAAUGGCACUUUAGAACCUUUUCCUGGACCAUACCUUCCCAGCCGAACAAAUAACUAGCAAGUAUGGCUUAAAUGACUAAAAGUUGCCAUGGUGUUUCUGGCGUGUAUGCUAUACUUGGAACACAAAAUCUUAUAACAUUGUUUAUAGAAUCAUAAUCACUCUAAAUGUACCAUAUUCUCCCCCUCCCUGCUCCUAAGUGUCUGGAUCUUUCUAAAUGAUUUCAUUUAGAAAUACCUUGUGUCUCUUGCUCUGUCAUAGAAGAGGAAAGCAGUAUUUUCCUAAUAUAUGAAUGACUUCAAACUAACAAGGUGAUGUUAAAAUCUGAUGUUAUGUCUUUUCUAAAUAAUGUUACUUCCAUUCUCUCACAAUCAAAUACUGUUGACUUUAAUAAAACUUAGUGCAAUUUA